AUGAUCCGAUUUAUUCUAAUUCAAAACCGAGCGGGUAAAACGAGACUCGCCAAAUGGUACAUGCAUUUUGAUGAUGACGAAAAACAGAAGCUGAUCGAAGAGGUGCACGCCUGUGUUACUGUAAGAGAUGCGAAACACACUAAUUUUGUAGAGUUCCGAAACUUCAAAAUCGUUUAUCGACGAUACGCAGGAUUGUACUUCUGUAUUUGUGUUGACAUUAUGGACAACAAUUUGUAUUACCUGGAAGCCAUUCAUAAUUUCGUAGAGGUUUUAAAUGAAUACUUCCACAAUGUCUGCGAACUGGAUCUCGUUUUUAACUUUUAUAAGGUAUAUUCCGUCGUAGAUGAGAUGUUCUUAGCCGGUGAAAUUCGAGAAACAAGUCAAACAAAGGUGCUUAAACAACUGCUGAUGCUCACUUCAUUGGAGUAA